AUGGGCCUUCCUACAGAGGUACUGCAAGCCUGGGAGGCUUGCGACCGUACUGACACACUUUUUGUUCUGGCCUACUCGGGCUAUACCACACGCUCCAACUCACUAGCAGCAAUCAUGCCAGCCAUCCUUUCAGUAAUCGUUUGCUCGAUACAAUGGUUCCUCAUCGGCUACACGUUGACCUACGGUGAAGGAGGUGCAAUCUUUGGUGACUUCGAGUAUGCUUUCCACAGGAACGUGUUAGCAGAGCCCGUUGGUACGAUUCCUGCAGUACUGUUCAGUUUCUUCCAAUUGGUCUUCCAAGCUACUGUAUGCGCCAUCGCCGUAGGAGGUGCAUGUGAAAGAGGCCGCAUACUACCCCUGAUACCCUUCAUCUUCUUAUGGUCAACUUUUGUGUACAACCCCCUAGCCCAUAUGGUCUGGGGUGGAGGCUUCCUCAUGGACCUAGGCGUUCUUGAUUUCGCAGGCGGUACGCCGGUACACAUAAACUCAGGGGCAACAGCAACAGCCAUGUCAGUAUAUCUAUCGUACCCGUUGUUCCGCUCACAAAAGUCUUCAACACGCACCCCAUCGCACUUAGUCAUUCACCGACCGGUCAACUCGCUCUGCCAACUCCUCGCCAUGAUCAGUAUCUGGGGCUCCUGGCUCGCCUUUGACGCCGGCACCACCCUAGCUUUCAACUUCAAAUCCGUAAUGGCGCUCUGCGUUACGAAUCUUUGUGCGGCUUCUGGAGCGUUGACGUGGAUGUUGUACACAUACGUUGAGGUCGGCCGCUGGAGUCUGGACUCGUGCUUUAUGGGUGCCAUCUCUGGGCUUAUCAUGAUCACUCCUUCAGCAGGCUUCAUCGAUCUACCCACAUCUUUCUUCUUUGGCAUUCUAGGUGCAUUGUUCUGUCGGCAAGCUCUGAGGAUCAAGUUCAGCGCCUUUGCUCAACGCUGGCGCUGGGUUGAUCAUGGAGAUACCUUUGCAACGCACUGUCUUGGAGGCAUUCUAGCCACAAUUGCAACUGGCUGCUUUGCACAAAAAGAAGUCGCAGGUUACGAUGGUGUGACCGAGAUCACUGGAGGCGUCUUCUUCGAUGGAAACGUUCGUCAACUUGGUAUACAAGUUCUAGAAGCACUUGUCGGAUUCACGUGGUCGUUUGUCAUAAGCUACGUCAUGUAUGCUCUAAUUGACUGCGUACCGGGUUUUGAGGUGUUGGCCGAAGACAAGGAUAUUAUCGCGGGCCUGGACGCAAGUCAAAUGGAUGAGGAGACGCUUUGGACUGAGACACAAAAGUACUAUCCCUAUGCCGAUCGUGAGGGCGAGUUACAUCUCGAUUGA